ACUCACCAUGUGCCUGGCUGUCUGUCUGUUUGUCUGUUUGUAGACGAUAAAGAAGAGAAGAAGACCACUGUCCAAAGCCACUCAUCCCUGCCAAAGCUCUUAUAUGAAUAUUAAUACCAUGGAUGCAGCAGAGUUUCGGCGCAGAGGGAGGGAGAUGGUGGACUAUGUGGCUGACUAUCUGGAAAACAUAGAACAGCGACCGGUAUACCCCGAUUUGGAACCAGGCUAUCUUCGUUCCUUGAUCCCCACUGAAGCCCCACUGGAACCUGAAAAUUAUGAGGAUAUUAUGAAAGAUGUGGAGAGGGUCAUAAUGCCAGGGGUUACUCACUGGCACAGCCCGUACUUCUUUGCUUACUUUCCAGCUGCUUCCUCCUACCCUGCCAUGUUGGCUGACAUGUUAUGUGGAGCCAUUGGCUGUAUUGGAUUCUCCUGGGCUGCCAGUCCAGCCUGCACAGAGCUGGAGACAGUGAUGUUAGACUGGCUUGGGAAGAUGCUACAACUGCCUGAGAGUUUUAUAGCCGGCAGUCACGGACAUGGAGGAGGUGUCAUCCAAGGUACAGCCAGUGAGGCGACCCUGAUGUCCUUGCUCGCUGCCCGUUGUAAAACAGUCCGACAAGUUCAAGUCUCUAACGCUAAAAUAUCCGAGGCUGAAAUCGUCUCCAAACUGGUGGCAUAUACCUCUGAGCAGGCUCAUUCUUCGGUGGAGCGUGCUGCUCUGAUUGGAGGGGUUAUGAUGAGGAAGGUUCCUACAGACAAAAGCUAUGCUGUCACAGGGGAUAUGCUCAAGAAAAUGGUGGAGGAGGACAGAGCAGCUGGACUCAUCCCAUUCUAUUUCUGUGCGACUCUUGGCACCACUCCAUCAUGCGCUUUUGAUGACAUCAUCACGCUGGGGCCCAUAUGUAAUGAGGAAAAUAUGUGGAUGCACAUUGAUGCGGCAUAUGCUGGAAGUGCAUUUAUCUGUCCUGAAUUUAGGCCUUUGUUGAAUGGCGUUGAGUUUGCAGACUCUUUCAACUUCAAUCCACACAAAUGGCUUUUAGUAAACUUUGACUGCUCUGCAAUGUGGGUGAAGAAGAGAGCUGAUAUUAUAGGAGCUUUCAAGAUGGAACCACUCUACCUGAAACAUGAAAACCAGGAGUCAGGGCUGGUCACAGAUUAUAGGCACUGGCAGAUUCCACUGGGAAGAAGAUUUCGCUCACUGAAGCUGUGGUUUGUCUUCCGUAUGUAUGGGAUCAAAGGCCUACAGGCUCAUAUACGCAAGCAAGUGGCCCUGGCCAAAGAAUUUGAGAGUCUGGUGCGAGCAGACAAGCGGUUUGAGAUCUGUGCUGAAGUCAUUAUGGGACUGGUUUGCUUCAGGCUUAAGGGCCCCAAUGAGCUGAACCAGAACCUGCUGACAAAGAUCACCAAUAGCAAGCAGAUCCACCUGGUACCUUGCCAGCUUUCAGGCCGCUUUGUCCUGCGCUUCGCCAUCUGUGCUCGUACUACAGAGUCACGCCACAUCCAAAAAGCAUGGCAGCACAUCACACAGCUGACUUUUGAGCUUCUGCAGGAGCUCAGACAUUGACCAAAAGGCUGGAUAGGGCUUUCCACUCAGAUUCCUAAAUGACUAAGGAGUUUCAUGUUGCAGAUGUAAGCUAUCAUAAAAGAAUGAACAGUGAUUUCACAGCUCACGUAGCAGUCAAAUGUACAUGUAUUUCUGUCUGCAGUCAGGUUAUCCAGUCUAGUAAGCAGUGCCCAUCAUUGGGCUGAUUUUUGAUGUUGCAAAUUCAUGUAGAUUAUGUGAAAAUAACUUAUUACCCAUCUACACAUGGUAAAAUGUGCAUAAAAGGAAAUAAUGUGGGUUCCAGAUAUACUGUAUCAUUUUCUUUCUACAGUUUCUCCUCUCAUUGACCUAGCUUUCAUCUUGUACCAUUUAUGCAUUGGCCUCCUCAUACACUCAGCCCACUGCAGACUUGUCUCUAAUCUCUUUGCCAUUUCUGUGUCUUCUGUAUGUAAAAUUUGGUUUGGCUGAACUGGUGUGAAGCUUUUGUGCUCUGCAGUGUAGUGUACAUUGUUUGUGUGUGAAUGAAUUUCUGAGUCCAUAUGUGUCAACAAUGUUCUGUGGGUGAAUGCUAUGUCUAUAUUUAGGGAUACAUUUUAAGUGAAAUUUGGAAAUUGUGAGAAAGAUGAUCACAAAUAGAGAGCUUCAUGUGAUAUUAAAGAUGUCUAGUAAUCAGGUUAAGGUGCAUUAAUGCAUUUACUUCUGUAAAAAUGUCAGAGUUGUGUUUGAUAUAAAGUGUCAGGCAAGGGCCUAUCAUUUAAAUAAUAAUAAUACUUAUUAUUGUUAUUAUUACAGAAUUUUUAUUAUUCCUUAUUGUGUCUUAUAAACAGUGGGCCACUAUUUCCCACAUAUAUAAAGAGUUAUGCUCCUUCUGGGGCCACACAGGGCCACUCUUUUUUUUUCCUUAUUGAAGAUAUUUUAAUCACAUGGAAUUUUUUUUAUGCCCAAGCUUUAACAUAAUCAUCAUAUACUAUAUUAUUCUGUCGUAUGUCUCUGUGUUGAAACAUAAAUAAAUGAUGAAAUGAGUGGAGUUUAAAAAAAUAUGGCUUAAAAAUAAGUUGUGCAAGUGGUGCAUUCAUUACAUACUUUGACUUCAUUGUGUUAAAUACUAAUAAACACUCAUUUGGUGCCCAUAAGGUCAUUACAGUUAACAUUAUAUGGAUCAGCUGUAGAAUCCCUCACAUUGCCCUACAUUCAUUUCUCAUCAUAUGCUGUUUAAGUUUAAGCCUCAGGAUUUUUUUACAAAUUCUCAGGAUGAACAAAUGUGAUUAAAACAAGACUAGUCUCGUGCCUGUUGUCCAAGAUCGCAUACCAUGACACUCUGGUUUGAAGAUCAGUGAGCCCUCACAUUUACUGUAAUUGCCAGGAGAUAUAUAAAUCUGUAGAGUGACAUCACCGUGUAUUGUUUUUAAUUCAUGUGAUACUGUCAAAGUCAGUCGCUGUUUAUAAUCAAGGUCUUUUCAGUUUGGCUUGGCUCU